AUGGCGUCCGGCCCUCCCGGGAAGCUGUCGAGCUUUGAGCCCUCUCUGUGGGGUGAUUUCUUCAUGAGUUACGAGCCACAACCACUACAGAGCGAGGAAUGGAUGAUGGCGAGAGCUGAUAUACUGAAAGAGAAAAUCCACAUGUUGUUUCGGAGUUGCGAUGGGGUGUUGGAGAAAAUGUUCUUAGUGGAUUCACUCCAACAUCUCGGAAUUGAUCACCACUUUAAAGAAGAGAUUGACAAUAUGUUGAGCGAAAUCCUUGGGAGUGAAUUUAGUUGCUCUAGUCUCCAUGAGGUCGCUCUUCGAUUUCGCUUGCUUAGGGAGCACGGUCAUUGGGUAUCUCCAGAUGUCUUCAACAAAUUCAAAUGUGAAAGCGGGGUCUUCAACAAGGAUAUUACUUAUGAUACAAGGGGAUUAUUAAGUUUAUACAAUGCAGCUCAUCUUCUCAUCCAUGGUGAACCAGCACUAGAAAAAGCCAUCACUUUUGCAAAGUACCAUCUUGAAUCAAGGAUUGCGAGUCUCGAGUUCCCCUUAGCCAAGCAAGUUAAACGUGCCCUUCACUUGCCACUGCCAAGGACUUAUAAGAGGAUGGAAGCAAUACAUUACAUCUCGGAGUACAAAGAAGAGGAAUAUCACAACCCUGCUCUAUUGGAGUUUGCAAAGCUAGACUUUACCCUUCUACAACAUGUACACUUGAAGGAGUUGAAAGCUAUUAGUGGGUGGUGGAAUGAACUUUCCAGAUGCAUCGAGCUGACCUAUGUUCGUGAUCGUGUGGUGGAGAACUAUCUUUGGUCCCAUGUGAUGUUCUAUGAGAAAGACUACGAGCUCGCACGGGUGAUCGGUGCCAAAAUAAAUGUGCUACUUACCAUCAUGGAUGACACAUUUGAUGCCCAUGCCACCAUAGAGGAAUGUCGGAAGCUGACUGAAGCCGUACAAAGAUGGGAUGAGAGCGAUGUUUCUCUUCUGCCGGAUUACUUGAAGAAGUUCUUUGAUGAACUGUUGGCAAACAUUAAGGAGUUUGGGAGUGAAAUGGCAAAGAAUAACAACUACGAGAUUGCCUACAUCAAGAAACAGUUCCAAAAACAGUUCAUUUAUUAUCUCCAAGAAGUCGAAUGGUUGCACCAGAAUCACAAGCCGAGCUUUGAAGAGCUAGUGAAUCUGACCUCCAUGACCAUAUGUGUACCAACAGUAUGUGUGUGUUUUCUUGUUGGCAUGGGCGAUGCAAUGCCCAAGGAAACACUCGAGUGGGUAGCUGGUUUCCCUGAUGUCGUCAUGGCAUGCGCAAAGCUUACAAGGUUCAUGAAUGACAUCGCUUCAUUUAAACGUGGAAGAAGCAAGGUAGACGCAACGAAUUCAGUAGAGUGGUACAUCGCGGAGCAUGGGGUCACGAGGGAGGUCGCAGUUGCCACGAUCGAGUCACUCAUAGAAGACGAAUGGAGAAGCCUAAAUCAAGCUCGCUUUGGGAACCGAGUGCUGCUCCCCGCAGUGCAGCGGGUUAUCAGAUUCGCUGUUAGUAUGCCGUUAUACUAUGGUGGAGGGAACGAUGCAUUCACAUUCAGCAAGCAUCUUCACAAGACUAUUGAGGCCCUCUUUGUCAACCCCAUUCCCAUCUAG